ACUGACAGUGUGUAUUCAGAACCAGUGCCCGACAUUAGUCGAAGAGGAAUCAUCUAACUUGGAUUGCUUAGAUUCUUCAAAAUGGGACCUAAGAACGGCCCAUUGGUGCUUUUAGUUGUGUUAGCCACACUGAAGGUCAGUUUUGGGUAUAUAGAGGCUUUAGCUGCCAAUGUUGAUGCCGUUUCUCAAAACACAAAGGAAAAACUGACCCACAUGGUGGCAUACUCAUGUGACCAGGAAGAUGCACCACUUAUGUACAAACGAGCUGACCAGAAGUGGGAGGCAGCAGUCGGGACACGAACCACAACUUGUCUGGAUAGUCUACGAAGCAUCUUCGAUUUCUGCAAAGAGGUGUACAAGGAUGCUGAUGUGACAAACAUUGUUCCUGUUGAGAAUGUUGAAAUCACGUGGCCAGAUAAGUUUGGACAUCUCCACACUGAUCGUAACUUCCAGGUUUACAGCUGUCUUACUGGAAUCUUUACGAGUGAAGCCCUGUUGGUGCCUCAGGGCUGUGAGUUCCAACACCUGAAGUACAAUGAGUGUGCUUCCUACACAUUCUGGAAGGAAAAGUCCAACAUGACCUGUAAGGACAAGAACCUGUACAUGGAGAACUUCUCCAUGUUGCUCCCCUGCAAUGUCGGCCUGUAUUCUGGUGUGGAAUAUGUUUGCUGCAAACCUGCCAAAACAGAAAAGCCUAUUGACCGUCCAGGAGUGGUCAGCUUGCCAAAGGCAGACAAAGCUAAGACUCUGGUGGUCGACAAGGAUGCCAAUGUGGACGAUGCCUAUCAAGCCUACCUCCGAAACGACGAGGAAUACUUGUCCCGAUUCAGGAAUGAACACCAGAGGUUCAAGAACUCAGAACUGGCCCUCAACAAAAGACACCAGGACCGUAUAAACAAGAUGAUGAAGGAAUGGGAGGAGGCUAGAGAGCAGAUCGCCGAGAUGAAGAAAACAGAUGUCAAGGGUGCUGAGGCUCUCAAUGCUGACGUCAUGAAGAGAUUCCAGCUGCUGUACACAGGCUAUGAGCAGGCUGAUGCUGCUGAGAAAAGACAACUUGUGGCUCUCCACCUCCAGAGGAGACAGGCUGAACUUAACAAGAGGAAGAGGAUCAAUCUGGAAAAGUACAUGACCGAACUGCAGAAGCCUCAUGUUGAUGUCCAGAGGGUGUACAAGUUCCUGAAGGAAUACAUCAAGGUGGAAGAGAAAGACCGAUCCCACACCCUCAAUCAUUUCGUACAUGUUCGUAAUACAGACAUCGAAGAGGCCAAGCGUAUCCAGAAAUCCUCCUUGGAUCAUCUCAGUGUCCUUGACCAACGUAUCAACCAGGCCCUUGAUAUGCUCAACCACUUUGAGAAAAUCAAACUGGAAAUCAAGCCUGAGAUUGAUAACUUCCUUCGUGAGUACAAGGGUCUGGCCGAGUCCGCAAGGGAGGUGGUAUCCCGCCCCUUUACCCCAGAAGUAGACUCUGAGGAGGAGGAGGAUGACUCAUCCGAGAGCGAGGAAGAUUUACCAGCCAUAGACAACAAUGUAAACCUCGGACCAAAGGACACUGUUAUCCACAAGGUCGCAGAGGUUGUCCCUCUCCCAUCCAAUAACAUUGACAACGACAUCUUAAAUGAUGACCUUAGGGAGGAUGAUGGAAUCAAUGGUUUUGAUGAGGAAACAAUAGAAAAUGAACACGAUGCCAACUUCGUAGCUCAUCAUAUGGACAACAAACACAGUUUUUCACAGGACAUUGGAGGCGCCGCUGGAGUACAAGUUAGCACUGCAACAGGAAGCAUUUUCGGGAUCGCCAUCGGAAGUGUUGCUGUGUUUGUCAUCAUUGUUGUUGCAGUUGUGAUGCUGCGUAAACACUCCCAUCGCCGCCCCGUCACUCAUGGGUUCGUCGAGGUCGACCCCGCAGCAUCACCUGAAGAAAGGCAUGUUGCCAACAUGCAAAUGAACGGCUACGAAAACCCAACAUACCAGUAUUUUGAACUCAAUCAGAACCAAAAUGUAUAGAAGAAAGACCUAUGCAUUCCAACUAAAACAAGAGAAACGACAGAUGAGCGUCAUUUGAAAUAACUACUGAAGUCAUCUGUAACAAGAUAAUGCCUCCAACUUCCCUGCCUAGCUUUGUAAGAAGAAACAUAAGUUUAUCCUAAUGGUGGAAUUGAAAAGUUUUCGCAAGUUUUAGCCGUCAUCUAAAAUUGUUGAUUCCUAAUUCAUAUGCUGAUUUUUUUAGAAGAAAAUCAAGUACCAAUUCUGUGAUUUAAAAGCUUCAAAGAGGAUAUUUUGGCUUAUGUAUUUAAGUCGUAGUUGAUAUAAAUGGGAGUUGGAAAUGUGUAUAUAAGCUAAAGAUCUGAUCCUAGCUCUGUUUGUCCUGUUUGUUUAUAAUACACACAGCUUCAUACAAUACAUCAGUAGGUAUAUUUAUCUCAAGCUUGAGCAGCCCAAGAGGCUUUGUGACAAGUUAUUUCUGAAAUUACAACAUAUAUGUAGUUUCAUUUCUUGUAUGUCAUGCAAAUUUUUUUCAAAUACAAAACAAAUCAUUCCAAUCUAGUGUGUUUUUUGUCGGGCAUUUUACCUGACUUGGAGAAAUGAGGAGAUAUUUGUGAUAUUUUUUAAGUCGCAUGAGUCAGAAUUUGAACAUGUGUGAUGUGAUAUGGAUUCAAUACAGAGAUUUUGAUUUUCAACAUUUAUUCAUCCUGCUCCCCAUUAUAUUCAAUUGUGCUGGACCACAAAAUUAAUGGAUCUGACCAUUAUCCUGUUUUGGGGGUGCCAGGAUGAGUUUAUCCUGUAACAACACAUACGUUGAAAUUCUUUCAGUGAACAAAGCUUGUUUUGACCAAGUGUGAAUUUGAACCGUGUUUUAGCUAGUGUACAUAAUCUUAUGUUAGUAGAACAAUUCCUAUCAACUUACAGCUAAAACUACCCUCUGUACAUAAUUUUCUUGCUUGGAGAGUCCAUUACAACUUUGCCCUAUUUUUCUCCUCUCGCUCUUUUUUUCCCACAAAAAAUGUAUUAUAAUGUUACAUUUUGUAUUCAAGUGUAAACUUUACAUUUACAUCAACAUUAUUAAUUUUCAUGUUUAUUUUACCAAAACCUACAUUGUGAGUGAUAUAGAGUUAUAUAAUGAUAUCUUGUAGCCAUACUUAUCAUGUUUAUACAUUGUAUCUAAGCUGCUUUAAAACUUUGUUGCAAUAAAUAUGGAAUUGACCCAUUAGUACAUAAUGAAAUUCCUUCUUUUACUGAAAGGAAGCAAAAUAUUUAUUUAAAAACAGAAACAAGGAAAAAAGUACAUUUUAUUUAUAUAUAUUUAUAGGUAUAAUCUAUAAAUAUUGAAUUCUUCCGAGUUGUGCGAUUUUUUUUAAACUUUGUUUUUUUUGAGAGAUUUUUAGCGACACAAAUUUAUCAUAAUAAUUUUCUUUAUUUCACAAAGUUUUUUAUUUGUACAUGCGAACCUGAAUAUUUAAUACCAUAUUUGAUUUAGGUUGUAUAUAUUAGUUGUUGAUUCGACAGAAAAAGUGAUUUUCAUCAACAUUCAAUUUAAAGUCGAUCGAUAUCGGAAGAUGAACAUCUGUAGUUGAGUUGUGGUUGUUAUGGUGGUUGUUGCAAUUUCAUGUAAAAUAAUCAUUUUAGAUGUAUUUCCCUUGAUUUUUGUGCCAGUAAACACUAUCACCUUAUUUAAUAUUUCAUUCUUAUGACAUCACUUUAAUAGGCUUAAAAGAAAACUUUGAUAGUUAAAAAAUGUAAGAAAAUUAAAAAUGAAAUCCAGAUAUCAAGAAAUUUAAGAUUAUCUAAACAUAUUAAUGAAAAAAUGGUUGUCCUUCUUUUAGGUUAUUAUAUAAUGUAAUAAAUAUAACGGUAACGAUAAUUGAGAAGUAAUUUGAUUUCAGAAAGGGGAGAAAACUCAUCAUUGUAACAUUGUGGUGCCACCUUUUUAAAAUAACGUUUUAGUUGAGUGUACAAGAUUUUAACUUUGACGUUCCUAGUUUGUUUCACCGAUUAACAGCUGAUCGACAGUUCAUUGUUGGAAUAGAAACAGGUUUGAUUUAAGUCCUAAUGAUUAUCACAACCUGCAGCUCAAAGUUGAUAUUAGUGCUGGGGUUAAAAUGAAUUAUCAAUUGAUGUAUACCCGGUAAACUUGGCUUCGUGUAGUAAAAGACAAAAAUAAUUAAUGUAGCAGGGUAAAAUUGGAAAAUUAAUGUAGCAGGUGAAAAAAACUUGGCUGGAUGAAAUUACUAACAAUUAAAAUGGCUUACAUUAUCAGACCUGUUUUUGCCCCACAUUGAACUAAUGUUUAGUGGAGAACAAUUUCACUAUUGAAAUAAAAAUUGACAACAUGGAGGUGUACUUAGAUUAAUCUUUAAAAUUUGUGUUAAUAUUAAAUAACAGGAUAGGUGUUUAACUUUGAUAUUAAAAAUCUAUUUUUGUGUGGAGGUUAUAAAUAACGAAAAGGUGAAACAAACUACCCGAACAGCAUUUUCAGUUUUUCAGUAGUCAGGUCUUCAGUGUUGUCCAAUUAGCUUCGAGUCGUCUACAAUGUUUUUACAGGGAAGAAUUGUGUACCUAUAUAUGUAUAAAACACAUGUAUGAUUUUGUUAAUAAAACUUGUACACUCAG